AUGGAAGAGGCUGAGCGCCACUUCGAGGACAGUCAGAAGAUCCAAGGGAUCCAAUGGGGAGAGUAUAGAGGGUCUUUUAGUCGCAGUGAGAAACACAGCGUUAAGGAAUAUCAUUCAGAGGAAUACCAAAUCGCCAAAGAGGAAUUGAGUCAUCUUUUGCUGUCAUUGCUGUCUUUCAUGUACUCCAUGGGAGUCUUUGACAGUCAGACCGAAGAACUUUAUAAACAACUGCAAUCACUGCCUACAAAGGAAGAGACGGAGGAACUUGAAUCUCCCACGUACUGGCCAUCACCACAUGUAGACGCUCUAAGCAGACGACUGGCCCAACUAAAAUACAGCAAACCCACGUUAAUUCAGAGUGUAGCCAUUCCUGUGGCCCUUUCGGGUUACAAUAUGGUUGGGAUAGCACAGACUGGGUCGGGGAAGACAUUGGCUGUUCUGGUGUUGGUGCCGACGAGGGAAUUGGCUCAGCAAGUGCAGGCGGUCUCCAAUGAUUUGAUGAUGGGCUACAAGGUGGCCUGUGUGUAUGGAGGGGCAGAGAGAAGGAGGCAGAUCAGGGAAGUCCGUGAGGGUUUAUGGACUGAGUUAUGUGUAGGGGCACAAAUAAUUGUGGCCACUCCUGGGCGUCUGAUUGACUUUCUUGAACAGGAUAUUGUGGAUUUGUCGAAAAGGUGUUCUCUACUCAUUAUGGAUGAGGCUGACCGAAUGUUAGAUCUUGGUUUCGAACCUCAAAUCCGAAUUAUUCUGGACUUUAAGAACAGUAGACUGUCCAUUCUCGUGGCUACCGACGUCGCUUCUCGGGGACUCGAUGUACACGACAUAAAGUUUGUGGUCAAUUAUGACUUCCCCAACUGCACUGAGGACUAUAUUCAUCGAAUUGGGAGGACAGGCCGAGCACAGCGAAGUGGCACUUCUUACACACUCCUCACGCCUAAACACUUUAGACAAGCAGGCGAUCUCAUCAAAGUACUCUUGUUCGUUCAUUUUAGAUUUUGAGAGAAGCUAGUCAGGAAGUUCCUCGUGAUCUUCUUAAUGUGCAAGGAGAUAGCCGAGGGUGGCAGAAUCGGGGCAAUAACAAGUCGAACUGUAUUUCUAUUUUGUCAUUCUUAGUUUCCCGGUGGGGUUCGGUUAGAAAUGGAGACAGUGAUGGAAGGUAUAGACAAUCCUAUCGCACGUUUGAUGAACCGCCCAGUAAGAGACAACGUACUUAUGAUCGAACAAAUCAAAACAACCAAUUGUUUUUUGUGCCACCUCCUCCA